AUGUGUAUCUUUCUUUCUUUCUUUACUUCUUUUCUUUUUCUGUUUAAACUUACCUUUUCCUCCUCCCAUCAUUCUGUUUACUUUUCCUUCUCUAUUUUACUUUUUUAUCAAUGUGUAUCUUUCUUUUUCUUUUUUUCUUCUUUUUCUUUUUUAUAUCUUUUAUAUUUUUUAAUUCAUUCUAACUCUUUAGUCUCUCUUUUUCUGUUUAAACUGAUACCUUUUCCUCCUCCCAUCAUUCUGUUUACUUUUCCUUCUCUAUUUUACUUUUUAUCAAUGUGUAUCUUUCUUUCUUUCUUUUCUUCUUCUCUUUUCUGUUUAAACUUUUUUCCUCCUCCCAUCAUUCUGUUUACUUUUCCUUCUCUAUUUUACUUUUUAUCAAUGUGUAUCUUUCUUUCUUUCUUUUCUUCUUCUCUUUUUUUCUGUUUAAACUUACCUUUUCCUCCUCCCAUCAUUCUGUUUACUUUUCCUUCUCUAUUUUACUUUUUAUCAAUGUGUAUCUUUCUUUCUUUCUUUUCUUCUGUUUUCUCUUUCUUUUUUAUAUCUUUUAUAUUUUUUCUCUUUUCACUUUACUUCUCUUUCUUUAUCUUUCUGCUUAUCAAUGCGUAUUUUACUUUCUCUCUUUUCUCCUUGUCCAUAGCAUGA